CGUAAAUCACCUAGCCAUUCAUUACCACCCGUACUACUCCCCUACCGCAUCUUUGAACGACACCAUUGAGAUAUGGAAAUGUUCGAAAUAUGCUGCAAGGGCUCCCGGCGGAAGCCCAGGCGGCCAGACCGCGCCCCUGAUGGCAGGCAAGACGAGUUUCUUCAAUCCCGCGAUACUCUUCCGCUACAUACACCUCCGCCCCGCCCAGCUAGUUCAGCUCAUCCGGCUCCGAGGUCCCUAAGCCGUAAGAAGGGAUAUGGUCUCGAACUGCUGUAUGAUGGCAGGCCCCGCACCAGCGGUCGGGAUGUGACUGGUGUGGAUAUAGUCGCUAUACAUGGUCUCAACGGGAAUGCCUAUUCGACUUGGCGGCACAGUAAUGGCACACUAUGGCUAAAGGAUCUUCUACCGAGUGACCUCCCCACUUCGCGUAUCUUCACAUACGGAUACCCUGCAGAAGUCCUGUUCAGCAAAUCUGUGGGGGACAUACUGGACUACUCGCGUAGCUUCCUGAACGAGCUCUGGGGUGGAUUGAUUGAGGCUUCACAAGACAAUGUCCUGCGUCCUAUCAUUUUCGUAUGUCAUAGCCUGGGCGGACUCGUAUGCAAGCAGGCUCUCCUUCUGGCAAAUGCGCCGAAGAGCCACUACCAGGAUAUCUUGUCCGCCACUGCGGCCGUUGUAUUCCUAGGGACACCACAUCAAGGAUCUAAGAUAGCCGAUACCGGCAAAGCUGUUGGGAACAUUGCGAAUGCCUUUCUACGUAUCACGCAAAUCACGAGUGUCACCGGGUCUAUUCGCGGUGAUCUCGUUAGCACCUUGAGCGCGGGCUCCGGCAAACUACAGGCGCUGGCCCUGUCCUUUCAACAACAGCUAGACUAUCUAAGCAUUGUCACUUUCUAUGAACAGCAGUUCACCUUUCCAUUACAAAGCCUAGUUGUCGAUCGGAAAUCAGCCAUUUUGGGCAUUUCGGGCGAGGAGGUCAUCCCGCUGAAUGCCGACCAUAGAAGCAUGUGCCGAUUCGAUUCAAGGAAUAAGGAGUAUCUCACCGUCUUAAGCCAGAUUCGGCGUUUGGCGCGGGAUGCCAAGACGAAUAGGUACUCCGCGAAUCUAUCCCUCAUGUCUAGCGAGAAGCGUUGCAUGAGCCUCCUUUACUCCACCAAUCUCGCAGACUACAAGAGUCAACUACCAAGACCUGUACAAGGGACGUGCAACUGGAUUCUCAAAGAUCCACAGUACGUCUCAUGGAUGAAUUCUGAAGAGACUGCACUCCUUUGGGUCACGGGAGAACCAGGCUGUGGGAAGACUAUGCUGUCUGUGUACCUUACAGAGCAAUUGAGUCUAGGCUCUACUGAUCCAGCGCGUUCCCAAGUAUUCUAUUUCUUCUGCGACGAUAAGAUCGCGACUCAGCGAGAUGCUAAGGAUAUAAUACGGAGUAUCCUGCAUCAGAUUCUCCAGCAACAUCGAAGACUCAUCAAGUACGCAAGAUCAAGAUGGGAAGCUACGGGGCAAAAUCUCAUAGAAUCCUUCACCGCGCUUUGGGAGAUCUUCGUGAAGAUCGUAUCGGAAGCAAGGUUGGGCGCUGUGUGCGUCAUCAUAGACGCAAUCGACGAGUGCGAGGCCAACACCCGCCGGACGAUGCUUCACUCCAUCAAACAAUUUGUGCAAGACUCGCGGACGUUAGCCGGGCGGCCACGAAGCUUCGUAAAGUUUCUCAUUACCAGUCGUCCUUCUCUCAAAGACCUCAGCGCCUUUGACGAAUUCAAGAAGAGCAUAUUGCCUAUGGAUGAGAAUUUAACAAGGAUCAGCGACGACGUGAAGCUAGUCAUUAAAGACAAAUUUGGCCACAUCGCACACAAGGCUGGCUUCUCGGACGACACUAGGACAGAAAUAGAAGAACUACUCUAUUUCAAAGCGGAAAAAUCGUUCCUGUGGCUCAACAUAAUCCUACGAAGUCUCGAGGAAACUCCUUCGACCUCUAAAAAGGACUUUAAGCAAAUCAUCCACAACUUCCCUCAGAAGCUGGAGGCAACAUACGAGAGUUUCCUACAUCGCAUUCCUCAGAAAAGCCGAGAUGAUGGCAGAGAUAUACUCCGUCUUCUUGUUGGCAGCUCCAGGCAUUUGACUCUGGAGGAAGUGAACAUUGCAUACACGAUCAAUCAAGAUGUCUACAAGACGGUUGCUGGUAUCGAGGAAGAUCGUCAGCAUGCUAUUGAGCAUAUGCUACAGGGUAUCGUGGGCCCUUUCAUUCGGAUUGAAGCCUCUAGGAUAUCCCUGAUACACCAAUCCGUCAAAGAGUUUUUGGGCGAGUUUGCCCUCCGUUCGUCGGACGAUGCCAUACGUAAUUUUGGUAUUCCUUCAUCUACUGCAGCACUGGCUAAAGCAACGACUUGCAUUCGGUACUUGCUCUUAGAGGACUUCGCGACAGAUGUCUUCAUGACAGCGCAACAUGAUUCAGACCAGUACGAUAUAGAUGAUGAGCCGGUCACCGAUACGUUACUCCUGGAUUUCGGCGCUGGUCUGGCUGGAGGGCCUCUUCCCAACGUUAGCGACGGCAUUGGGGACGAGAGAUGUUCAUCCGUUGCUCAGGUGUACAAGUACUUUGACUAUGCCGCUAUGCAUUGGGCGAAACAUUUUGCAGCCUGCGAAAGUAUCGCUCCGAAAGAUACUUCGAGGGCUGUCCAGCGACUCACGGAAGGCGGAAGCCGCUUUCUGAUUAACUGGUUAACGUACUUCUGGGUCAAGAGCGAUAUGGACUUCGCAAUUCCCGAAGAUUUCGAUACUAUCAUGGUCACUGCGUUCUUCGAUUUUAGCAUCCUACUCGAGGAAUCCUUGCAGGAAGCGACAAUCCCAAUCGGCCAGUCCAAGAAAGAUCGCGCGUUGUUCUGGGCCGCGAGGAUGGGGUCCGCCAGUUCUACGAAGGUGCUGCUCAGACAUGGCGCUAACCCCAACGCUCAAGCACUUUAUGGACAUACUCCAUUAACCGUAGCUUCACAUCAUGGUCAUCUAGAGGUCGUGAAGGUCCUCCUAUCUGAUGCCCGGUGUAACAUCAAUGCUAAAGGGAAGUCUGGUCGUUCGGCGCUGUCCUUCGCAGCUGGAAACAGUCACCUGGAGGUAUUCGACCUGCUAUUCCAACAUGAAGACUGUCAGCCUGAAGAACCGGAUGAGCACGAGUGGACUCCGUUGUUCUGGGCAAUCGAAAGGGAUCAUACGACUAUCGCUCGCACGUUACUCCGCCAUCCGACUGUAGACAUCAAUCAUGUUGACCGCGAUGGACGCACCGUUCUAUCAUGGGCGGCGGGUGAAGGAUUUCUUCAGGCACUUCGGUUGUUCCUAGCAUACCCAAACGUGGAUGUCAACUUUAGGGAUUCCAAAGGCCGGACUCCUUUGCUAUGGGCAGCUAACAACGGCCACGAAGACGUUAUCGAAAUUCUUAUGCAGGGCGAGUAUGGCGUCGACCGAAUGAGCAAGGACAAUAAGCAACGCAGCGCUCUGUCGUUGGCUUGUGGAGGAGGUCACACUGAUACCGUGAAAGCACUGAUUAAAUACCAGUGCGGAGGGGACGAAGAAGAUGUCGACGGAUGGACUCCGCUAGCUUGGUCUCUAGAACGCCGGUCGCCCCAGACGGUGGAAGCUCUUCUUUCGGGGCAAGAAAUUGAGCUGGACCGCAAGGACUACCGCGGGCGGACUGCGCUAAUGCAGGCUGCAAGUUAUGGCUAUGCUGAAGUGUUACAAAUGUUGCUGGACCAGGGUGCGGAUCCUUACAUUGCAGACAACUAUGGCCAGACAGCUCUUGACGUCGCAAGAGCAUGGGAAAACUUCGAUCGCAGAGACGUGAUACAGUUGCUAGAGGCAGCCCUAUCCAAGGCGAAUCCUACGGUACCGAAUGUAUGAGUCGGUGGUUUGGUUAGCCCCAUGCCGCUUCUUCUUCACUGCACCUAUACUAAGCUCGAGCUACCGUGAUAUCAUACAUCGAUGGAUAUGACCAAGUCUGGCUUCGUUUGCUAUUCCCUGUCUCGUGUCAUUUCGACCCACAGUUCAUGAGAAGAUCUGAUC